UCACAUCUUAGUGGGCCGGGCCGAUGAUUACCCGCUGCUUGUCGAGGUCCGGUCCACAUUAGCAGCCCAUCGUUUGAAGUAUAAGUCAGUCUGCUUUUGUUACGCUGUAAAACUGAUUGUCUGUUGUCAAACUCUCAGACCGGGGAGGGAGGGUGCAUUGAUGGAACUGACGCCUGUCCUUGCGCCCUAUUGUGAGGACACCGACAGACUUGCGAUCUGUGCAAUCUUGUGGCCAGUCCUACUUCCAGGGUGCCAUGCGGAGCUGCCGUUCAAACGCAAAAGCAACUUAGCAUACAAACGUCCCGGUCUUGAUGGCGGGGACCUCACGACACAUCCGAAACCCAUGCUCUUCCUGUCUUGGUGGAAAUAUGGUUUCGAGGGCUGUCACGCCGGGGGGCAGCGGUCCGCUCGUCACCGCUCACAUUGAAACACAGCAAGUGGGGCUCAUAUUCUAUCGAGAACGAGACAAACGGCGUUG